AUGAGCAUCAAUGCCUCCACAUCCGCCAAAGCCGCAUCCUCUCCAUCCCACACGCCUGCCAAACACACCGAAAGCCCCUCGCUCUACGGGACCAAUGGCAACAACGAUGUUCAGCGCGCUCCAUCUCGAGCAAGCAAGUUGGGGCAUGCGGUGAGGAACAGUAUCAACGGAUUGUACACUCGGUAUGCGCACCGGAGAGAUGCGAGUCAAACUUUCAAACAGAUGCGCAUACAGGAGGGUCAGAGUGGACAGGCGUGCGUCGAGGGGAGUGACGGUGCGGUGAGGAGUGACGAUGCUGCUGGGACUGCAACCAAAGAGGCGCUGGCGGAAGUGAAAGAUGGGGUCAAGGCGCGAGCGUCGUCGAGUGAGGAAGGGGCGCCGUCUGCAUUUACCUCUGCUGCUGCUUUUGAAGGUGGGCCAACGGCGUCGAUAGCUGCAUCUCGAGAGCCUGCUGUAGUGCACCACCAAUCAGCGUCCCAUCAAGACUCAGCGGUCAAACAUCCGAUUCCGAGUGCCGAAGCAGGUCCAUCCUCCAGAUCGUUGAUCGCCUCAUCAGCUCCGGCCGCGCCUUCAGCACCAGCCCCAGCUCCAGCUGCUGUCCCGGUCAGCGUAACUGUGACGCAACCUGAGACGAUCGUAUCGGCCGUCGAGCCGGGAGCGGAUCGAGCGGCGGUGGAAGCUGCGUCGAUUCCUCAAGAGCUGCUCAAGGGAGAGGCCAUGCUCAAAGUGACGCAGAAAAAAGUCAUGCAGCGCGUAUUUAGACUGGAUUCUGAUCGAGGUCAAAUCUUGUGGGACAGCAAGAAGAACAACAAAGUGGAUCUGGAAUUGAUUCGCGAAGUGAGAAUUGGAGCUGCGGCAGCGUCGUACCGCAUCUCCUUGUCCAUCGCAGCAGCGCACGAAUCUCGAUGGAUCACCAUCAUCUACCAAACGGGCGGCGCAUACAAGGCUUUGAAUCUGAUCGCCUUGUCUCAAGAAUCGCUGCAGAGAUGGCGAAGCACGUUGGAGCGGGUCCAACGUCUGAGAAGAGACUUGAUGGGAAGCGUGGAUAUGCUCAAUGCUAGGCAACACUUGUGGCUGAGGCAACAUUGGAGGGCGGGAGAUGCUAGUCAAGAUGAAAAAUUGGACUUUGAAGAGGUUGUCAGAUUGUGCAGAAGGCUGGGCAUCGAGAGCAGUAGAAAGGAUCUCGAAGCAAAGUUCAAAGAGGCGGACCCCAAGGCAGAAGGGUAUCUCGAUUUUGCUGCUUUUCAGCAGUUUGUCAGCAUUCUCAAACAUCGGGCUGAUGUGGAGGCAAUCUUUGAUGAUCGGGCAGAUGCUCGCGUGUCACUGUCGAUCGAGCCUAAUGGCGGAGGAAAGACGGAGGAUGGGGAGAUCCUAUCUGAAGCGAGCGAGCACGCAACCGCCGCGAUGAGCCGAGAAGCCUUCAAGCGUUUCCUCGUAGAAGUGCAGCGGCAUUCGCCAGCGGAUGCCGAAGUGAUGGAUGCCAUCUACGACAAGCACUGCGAGCCAGCGUUGGGACAUGUGCUCUUCGCAGGAUUCAACUCUUUCCUCCUCUCUUCUGACAACCCUCUCAUUUCGGAUCACAAAAGCGACCUGGCCAACAAGCGGAGUACGGUCAAGGAUAGAUCAUUAUUGGUUCGAGCUAGAGCUCAGACUACGGACGAGCUGCUGCAAAUCGGAGUGUGCGAUGCGCCCUUGCCUACUUUGAAAGCGACGCAAGACAUGUCUCUGCCCUUGUCGGAUUACUUUAUCAGUUCCAGUCACAAUACAUACCUAGUCGGAGGCCAGUGGAAGGGCGAUAGUACGGUGGAAGGGUACAUCCGCGCACUGCAAUGGGGAGCACGCAGCGUUGAACUGGACUGCUGGGACGGGCCGAACGAUACACCGCAAAUCACUCAUGGGCACACUCUUACGAGCAAAGUGCCGUUUGCGGAUGUCAUUGAAGCGAUCGGAAAGUAUGCCUUUAUCAAUUCGCCCUACCCCAUCAUCCUGUCGCUAGAAGUGCACAACGAGAUACCUCAGCAAGACGUCAUGGCUGCCAUCCUCAAGCAGAAGCUUGGCGACAUGCUUUUGUCGGAGAAAUUGACGGGCAAAGACGCCAAAGAUGCGCUUCCUAGUCCGGAUCGGUUGAAGGGCAAAAUCUUGAUCAAGACCAAAAAUCUCUUGUUGAGUGAAGACGCGCCGAUCAGCGAGGUCGAUGCGGGGUACAAGCCUGCAGCCCAAGCCCAGGCCCAAGCCCGAGCGCCUGCGAUUUCUGUGCCUGCGCACGAACGGGACACGUCGACGGACACCACAGAGUCCGAGUCAGAGGUGCGAUUGAAAGAUUUCGUCCGAUCUCUGACUCAAAGGCGCAGUCGAGAAUCAGCUUUGCUCGAACCCAACUCGAAAGAAAAGUCGAGGAACAAAAAAGUGAUGAUGUCGGCCUCGCUAGCGUCUCUUUUGGUCUAUACCGUGGGAGUGAAGCAUAGGGGAAUCAACAAGAAGGUCAAUUAUGCCAUCGAACACAUGAUUUCGCUUUCGGAAAAGAGCGCAUUGAAGUAUGCCAAGACAGCGCCGGAAGAUCUCAUCAAGCAUAACUUGACCCACUUGACCAGAAUUUACCCUAGCAUGGCCAGCAUUGCCAGAUUGCAUGCCAGCGCCAACUUCAUGCCGCACGAUAUGUGGGCCACGGGAAGUCAGCUUGUUGCGCUCAAUUGGCAAACUUUGGAUUUGGGCUUCGAACUCAAUCACGCGCUCUUUUCGCGCAAUGAGCGAUGCGGAUACGUGCUAAAGCCGGAAGCUUUGCGCAUCAAGGAGCUGUACAAGAAUUCUCCGACUCGUUUGCGUUUUGAGGUGGAAGUGACGGUCGUGUCUGCGCAGCAAUUGCCUCGGUUCAGAGACGCUGCAAAGAAUAAAGAUAGCGAUGAAGGUUCAGUCAUCAAUCCCUUUGUCUCCUUGUCGAUCCACGCGCCUUUGAGUUGGGGAGCUCAACCCAGCUCCAAUACGGGACGUCACUCUCGAUCCGCCUCUGCAAGCUCUGGAGAAGGAGGGCUGUUGCGCAAAGUCUCCUCGAGGAAUAGCGCACCCGUUCAACUCCCAGAAGAGCCCAACAAAGGGCAGAAAAGGAGCAGCGCGGGCAGUGUCGCGGCGAGCAGCUCGUCUAGUCUGAACGUUCCUUCUGCCGCUGCUGCUGCCGCUGCUCCUACAUCCAAUGCCAACGCCGUCCCGACCACAUCAACACCUUGCACUUCGGACGACGUUGCGCAUGCCAAAAUGGCGAGCGUGGAGAGCAACAAGAUCUCAACGCUGCUCAGCUCUUCGCCUGCAUCCAUCAACAACGGCUCAAGACCGUCGAUGGAAGUGAAGGGCAGACACACGAGCACCUCUUUCUUCGGCAGCAACGGAGGAGCCAAAGUUCCCAGCCAGGGCCAGUCGAGCAGCCGCAAUCCAGCUUCCGGUGCACGUACGAGCACGAUGAAGAGCAACGGCUUCAAUCCUCAGUGGCAAGAGACCAUGAAACUCGUGGUGGAUUUGCCAGCGGGGGCAUCUGCAGCGUGUCAGGCCCUCGUUCAAAAGGCCGACGAAGCCCUGCAUCAGCAGCAAAAGGCAUCUUUGGAGGAGGAGGAUUUGGUGGGAGAAGGGAUGAGCUGGAGAGAAAUGAGCAGGGGAUUGUUGGAUCUGACGUUUUUGAGAAUGGAAGUUUGCGAUGAAGAGGCGAAUGGGGACGCUUCUUGCGUCGCGGCUUAUACUGCUAGUCUAGGCGCUUUGCAGCCAGGUGAGCACGCCAAUGCGGCCUAG